AUCCGGCAAAUGCCAUUUGAUGCGCUCUCUCUCUCUCUCUCUCUCAGGUAUAUCUUCGGAGGAUACAAAGGCGAAUCUAAGCAGUAAGAAAGAUGGCAGUCGAGUUGGCCUCUCACUCUCAGGUUGUGGUUGAAGAGAAAUCGGGGGUUAGAAUCUUGACACUAAACAGACCCAAGCAGCUGAAUGCUCUGUCCUUCCCCAUGAUUUCUCGGUUGCUGCAACUGUUCCUUGCAUAUGAGGAGGACCCUAGUGUCAAUCUUGUCAUCCUAAAGGGUCUGGGAAGAGCCUUUUGUGCUGGUGGCGAUGUUGCAGCUGUUGUUCGGGACAUCGAACAAGGUAACUGGAGACUCGGUGCCAAGUUCUUCUCAGAUGAAUACAUGCUCAACUAUGUUAUGGCCACAUAUAGCAAAGCUCAGAUUUCAAUUUUGAAUGGUAUUGUCAUGGGAGGGGGAGCUGGUGUGUCCGUCCAUGGUCGAUUUCGUAUUGCAACUGAGAGCACGGUUUUUGCCAUGCCUGAGACAGCUCUGGGGCUCUUUCCAGAUAUAGGCGCCUCCUACUUCUUGUCAAGGCUCCCAGGAUUUUUUGGAGAGUAUGUCGGUCUCACAGGAGCUAGAUUAGAUGGCGCUGAAAUGCUUGCUUGUGGUCUUGCAACUCAUUUUGUGCCUUCAAAGAGGUUGACUGCAUUAGAAGCAGACCUUUGCAAAAUUGGUUCAAGUGAUCCGACCUUUGCCUCAACAGUUCUCGAUGCAUACACCCAGCAACCGCGUUUGAAACAGCAGAGUGCUUACCACAGGUUAGAUGUUAUCGAUAGGUGCUUCUCAAGGAGAACUGUCGAAGAAAUUAUAUCUGCACUUGAGAGAGAGGCCACUCAAGAAGCAGAUGGUUGGAUCCCAGCUACCAUUUUAGCAUUGAAGAAGGCUUCACCAGCAAGCCUUAAAAUCUCUCUGAGAUCGAUAAGAGAAGGGCGAUUGCAGGGAGUGGGGCAGUGUCUUAUUCGUGAGUUUAGAAUGGUGUGUCAUGUGAUGAAGGGAGAAAUCAGCAAAGAUUUUGUAGAGGGGUGCAGAGCUAUAUUGGUAGACAAAGAUAAGAACCCAAAGUGGGAGCCAAGGCGACUGGAGGACAUGAAGGAUAGCAUGGUAGAGCAGUACUUUGAGAGGAUGGGGGAAGAAGAGGAAUGGGAGGAUCUAAAGCUUCUGUCACGAAAAAACUUGCCUGGUUUAGCUAUCGCAAAGCUGUGAAGUGGAGAAGGUGAUGGAGCACUAUGGUUUACGUCGGUCUGAAAAAGAGAAUAAAUGUAACAACACUUGUGUUGAAUAGGCCUGGCAUACAUAGAUAAUCCAUUAUUGUAUUGACUAUUGAGAGUUGACACCAAAGCAAAGCAGAUGUUAAGAUUUGUAUA